GCGGCGGGCACCUGCACGCGAUGCCGCACUACAUGUACCACCACCAGCACCAGCAGGGCUUCAUCAACCACCACCACCAGCACGCCGCGCCGCCGGGCCCGCCGCCGGCGCCGCCCCACCCCGCCAUGCACCACCACCACAUGGCGCCCCUCGGCGGCCUCGGGCUCGCCGCCUCCUCAAACGGCAUGAUCCAGUGGGAUAUUCGUAAUACGAACAAUCUACAGAAAGUCAAUAUUCAGUGGGAUAUUAGGAAUGCAAACAGCCUGCAAAGAGACAAUACCAGCUGGCGGGCAGAGUACACGUGAUAACUCGGGCCGCAGCCGCCGGACUUCGCCGCUGCCCCCGACGCGGCGCUGUUUCUCGGCGGAGACAACCCCCUAUGGCUACCGCCGCCAUCGGACCUUCUCCUAUGACGAGGAUCACCUGUCACCCCGCAACAAUGCUGUUGACGUUUCCUGGAAGCGCUGAAACGAGAGUUUUGCGGGACCCCUUGUGAUACCCAAUCGUGACUAAAAUAUCGUCUAGCUCUGGUACUGCGACAAUGAAAACAUUUGUUGUCCAUUGUGCGUAGACAAAGAGACAAAAACGACUGCAGUUCGUCGGUUCUGCCGCGUGCGGCUCUAAAACUAAAAAAGUUAACCAAGUACAAAGAGUUGAGAAAAGAUAUGUCUAUCAGAGCAAAGAGAUUGUGAGUUGCCCCUCUCUGUUCCCGCUCCCUCCCAAUGGACGCCGUGGACGUGACUACGUUUUAUGUGUGCAAUCAACAUAUUUCUUAAUAUCUAUAUAUCUAAAUAUAAUAAGCUAGUGUAAAGAGAAUUGACUAAGAAUUGUGAAACAAGCUAAAAAAUGGACGAAAUCAAGUAUCAGGUUUAUUGCAGACGAUUUCACGACUUUAUAUUUUGUAUGUGUUGCAGAAUUUGUUUUUAAGCAAUGUAACAAGCAAAAAUGCAGUCAAAACUUUCCUGUUUGUCUUGUUAAUUUUGCGAAAAAGAGACGGAAAUGGCGAUGGUCAUUACAUAGAUUGUUGUAGCGCUUUAAGUAACAAUACAAGUGUGUCCUCUUGUUGUUGAUAAUGGAAAUUGAGUCACUGUUUUGAAUCAAUUGUACGCACUUACCGUUUAAACAAUAUUCAUUACGAUAGUAUUAAAGUUUCUCUCUUUAUACAAAUAAAAACCAAUCUUCAAGGCGUGUGCGCAUGUCUUUCGUCGUUUUCAGUCACCGUUACGUUUGUAUGAUGUGAAGAAAACUGAAGAUAACAAAUUUACUUCAUAUGUACACUAAUAUUUUUGUGAUGAAAUAUCAAACACACACACACACAUAUAUACAAAUGAAAAGAGAAAAACACUGAAAAUGUAUCUGCUACAUUAUGGAUCAGCCGAGCUGUUAUUUAUUGAAAUUGAUGUAUUACACAGUACUAUUAAUUUUCAUUCGUGUAGCAUAUUCAGGGAGUUGAAUCCAUUUUGUUUUUCUCAAGGCUAUAACUUUCUAGUCUAUUCACGUAAGUGCAACCGACAGAAAUUACAAUAUUCUCCCUUUCAGCGAUGUGUACUCAGUGCAUAAAUUUCACACACACAGUUGUUGCAGCAACGCACUUUCCUUUUACUCCUAAUUGGUUAAGCAUUCAUUUUUCGGAACUCACUGUUGUUAGGCCAAGAGUUCCUUAAAGUCCUGAUACACAUAGAGAGAAUUAAAUCUCAAAUUUAUCCAUUCCCUGAUGAACGUUUUAUUCUCCAUUACUGAAAUAAUAAACUGGAAAUAGAUAACACAUACAUCAAAAUCUACAGCAUCAGGCUGGGGGUCUCUGUGUUUGAUUGUGCAGAAAUUAACAAAAUAUGCAUUUAUUUAUUUACCACUGGUGCCAUUUGAGCCUUCAUUAAAACAAUAAUUGAAUACAAUUUUAACAUAAUCAGCAGCAAAUGCUUCCAUAUUUUUGUACUUAGUCAAAAAUGUUAUAUUGUUGCCAGUAAACUAAAAAUAUUGAUUGUAGUUUGCUUGCACACGUAACUGGAAGUUUCAACGGAUGCUCAUUGACCACUAAUGCAAAAUAACCAUUCACAGAGGUUUUUGUGUUUUCUGCACGUAUAAAGAAAAGCUUAAUAUUGUUGAAAACUGAGAGAAAUUAGAAAACUCUUAAGCUAGCAUAAUGAUGUAUAAACUGAAUUGUAAAAAUCAGCUGCAAAAGCCAACUGACAAAACAGCAACAUUUAGAAAUUGCACUGAGUGAGAGGAUAGCCAUUCGGACAAUGGCACUAAUAGCCUGUGUCACGUCAUGGUGUAACUCUACAAGCAAGCAAGAAAGAAUGAAUGUGAAGACAGAACUAACAUCUCUGUAAUGAUUAUGUCUUUCCAGUAGUAGCUCUAACGACUACUUACUCCUGAAUAUGCUCACUGAGUGAAAUGGCCGAAGAGUAUUAUUUCAAAUAUUUCGAUGUUGUGUUGUUUAAAUAAAGUGUCAUUUUAGUGUGGAAAGCGUGUACAGUAUUUCUGUGCGUGAGAUUCGGUGUGGUUGUUGUGUGAGCACUCUCACGGGUUGACCGUGCGCAACAUUUGUGUGUCUUAUUGUGGACGUUUUAGAACCUAUGUAUCUAUGUAUAUUUACGCAUACGCCUGUCUACAUGUCACUGUAUACUGGCUUAUGUGUGUAUGCGUGCAUAUAUGUACAUAUAUGUAAUAUCCCACCACCAUGAAUGUCUGAAGAAUUGAAAUUAUGCAUUUCCACCA